AGCUUCUAAUAAUAAAAAUGGCUGAUGAAUAGCGGCGUGUUGAAUUCCGGUGGUAAGGAAACUUCCGACUCUGUGUGAAGUGGUUUUUGCUCGUGGAGCCCAUCCACUCCCUCUGGUGGACAAUAUUAUAACGUCAAGUCCUGCGACCACGUUCCGCAGCGAUAAAAGGAAAAUAACGAACUAACAAGUGUUGAUUUCAACGUAAACAAACGAAGUAGACUCAUAAGUACUUUAAAGUUAUAACGAAACCCACAAAAGCCCCAUCACUUUUCAUCUAAAGUGACUAAUCCGCGCCAGCAGGGGGAGCUGUCAUAUUAUCCCUCCUUCCCCACUGUACCGUUUUGAUGACGUAGCAUAAACUAAUGAAAAUCGCUGAGUUGAGUGGCAGCUGCGAGCGGUAAUGGAUAACUGUACUGGUCAUUCACACUUUUUAUUGAGCGCUUUCUUAUUAACAUGUUUAUUUGGGCUAUCGCUCGGGACGGAACUAAGCUUUGUGACUUGCGGCUCGGUCGUGAAGCUGUUAAAUGUAAAGCACAAUGUCAGACUGCACUCUCACGACGUGCGCUACGGCUCCGGCAGCGGGCAGCAGUCAGUAACAGGCGUGACCACGGUGGAGGACAGUAACAGUUACUGGAGUGUACGGGGCACCAGCGGGGCCCUGUGUCACCGGGGGACUCCUAUUAAGUGUGGUCAGACCAUCCGCCUCACACAUGUCAACACUGGACGCAACCUGCACAGCCACUACUUCUCCUCUCCGCUUUCCUCCAACCAGGAGGUGAGUGCGUUUGGUGAGGAGGGAGAAGGAGACCACCUGGAUGAGUGGACGGUGCAGUGUGGAGGGGCGGUGUGGCAGCGCGAGGAGGCUGUCCGCUUCCAGCACGCCUCCACCGAUGCAUUGCUAUCGAUUACGGGGGAGCAGUAUGGCCGGCCCAUCCACGGGCAGAGGGAAGUGCACGCCAUGACGGGCCCCAGCCAGCACAGCCUGUGGAGGGCCAUGGAGGGGGUCUAUAUGAAGCCCAGUGAAAGCCCACUAGGGAACAAGGACUACAGCCAUCCUCUACACACAGAGUUCUGAUUCAAUCAGACUACAGCCAUCCACGACACACAGAAUUCUGAUCUGACUACAGCCAUCCUCUACACACAGAAUUCUGAUCUGACUACAGCCAUCCUCUACACACAGAAUUCUGAUCUGACUACAGCCAUCCUCUACACACAGAAUUCUGAUCUGACUACAGCCAUCCUCUACACACAGAAUUCUGAUCUGACUACAGCCAUCCUCUACACACAGAAUUCUGAUCUGACUACAGCCAUCCUCCACACACGGACUGACUAUAGCCAUCCUCUGCACAGAGUUUUGAUUCUCAAUCAACCUGACCUGGCUCUAUAUACCAUUUUCCUCCCUGUUGUCGCUCUCUCGCUCUCUCUCUCCUCCCCCCCACCCACCCACCCAGAGUUGUGAUCUCCUCUGGACCCUGUAUCCAAAUCAACUUAGUUGUCUGCCUACCUGUUUCUUACUCAACUCCCUCUGUUUUGAGGACACUCUAACGCACAGUGGAUAUAAUCUGGGGGUUGCCAGGACAACUACAGAACUCUUUGAUCAAUCCAAUCUCUGUCACCUGACCUCAUCAACAGAGACUAUUUGAUACACUAAACGAAUGCUGCUACAAGAUGUAGUAAAUACUAUUUUCUAUUUCCCCUCCACACACCUCCUCCCAACGUGGUACUCUCCCCUCCACACCUCCUCCCAGCGUGGUACUCUCCCCUCCACACACCUCCUCCCAGCGUGGUACUCUCC